AUGUUGGGUGGAAUUUUUUCUGGGAAAUCUUCUAUUUGUGAGCGUUUAAUUUAUAACACGUUUUGUAUUUGUUAUGAUCCCACAAAAGAAGGUGUUUAUGAAACAUUAUUAUUUUUCGACAGAAAACUUUUUGAUAUUGAAAUUUACGAUGGUACUUCUUCCGAUUGUUGUACACUGCAAAUGAUUUAUUACAAUUAUAUCAGAAAGUGUGAUGGGUAUGUUAUUGUGUAUUCUAUAACAUCAUACACUUCAUUUCUCGAAGCAAAUAAAUUUAGAGAAAGAAUAUAUCAGAUACUUGAUAUUGAUGAGCAACAACAUCUUCCGAUAUUAAUGGUGGGUAACAAAAUUGAUUUGGAAAAUGAAAGAGAAGUUGAAUAUAACAAAACGAUAGAACUAACACAACAAUGGAAAGUGGGCUUUAUCGAAUGUUCGACAAAAACAAACAAAAAUGUAAAUAAGAUAUUACAACUGGUUUGUGAAGAUGCUCUCACAAUUGCGGAUGAAAUAAAAAACAAAAACAAAUAUACCAAAAACCACAUAGUAAGACAUUAUGCGGCUCCACAUACUCACUCCUGUCGAUUCUGGCGAUGUUAUUCUCAUCGUCAAUCAACUGUUCUGCAAGUGCCUUUAGGAGCUUCGUCUUGCCAACACCAUUUGGACCCAAUGAACAUGAAUGAUCCAGUCGGUCGCUUGUAUGAUCCAAUACUACUUUUGCUUCUUGGAAUGGCCUCAGACUGCUGUCACAGCCUCAUCAUGCCAACUAAUCUCUUGUGCAAUUUGUGUCCCGGUUUCAUGAAUCUUGUCUUGUCUCUUUGUGCCACUAUGCUUACUGGGAUGCCUGUCCAUUUGUCACCACGUCCUCUUCUAGCUGUCUGUGAAUCACUUACAAUGAUAAUAUCAAUGUCUCUUAUGUCUAAUUAUUCAAUUCUGUGA